CCUCAUCACAUGUUAUUUCUGAUAAUUUUCAGGAAUGUAAGUCACAUAACCUAAACGAUCCACCUGUUGAUGUUUCAUCACAAACCAGAAUGCAUGUUGGGAUGAAUGAACCAGAGACAGGUAAAUCUAUUGGGAUGCAUUCAGUUCAGGAAAGUAUGCAUGGUGCAUGUCUACCUUCAAGAUUUUCUGCUCCAUCUGUAGUUUGUAAAGAUGUUGUGCACAGAGAGACAAAAGUAUCAAAAUUUAAUGUAGUUUUAUCAAAAGGAAGCAAAGAGAACAUGUCAGAACAUAACUUGUCCAUCAAACCAAGAAUCGUCAGAACAGUGAGUGCUCCCAGUUCUUUGAAGGACCGCAGUACUAAGGAAGAGUUCAUCUUACCUUCUUUUUUCCGCCACUCUGCCAAAGCAUCUCAGAUAGAUUCCGAACAUAGUGAAUCAUCCACAAGACCUAGCCCCCAUUUGCUUAGAAAAUCUGAGUCUUGUCCAACAGAUAAAUAUUUACCAGCAGGGCAUCGGAUAAAGUCAACUAAAUAUUAUCUGUCUCCCCAGUCAGCUCAUGCUGCUUCUCAUUCCAACGGACAUCAACAUCAUGAUCGAUAUCACGAUCAGCAUCAUGAUCGACAUCAUGAUCAACAUCACAAUCGACAUCAUGAUCAUCAUCAUGAUGAAAAUCAUGAUCGACAUCGUCAUCAUUCUAUGUCUUCUAGUCAUUCACCUACACGUAGUCAUGCAAAAUACCAGUCAUCUUUAACUGUUCAUAUCAAAUCCCACAGCAGAUCUGUGGAAAAUGUAAGUGUAGAUAGUCGACAAGUUCAUUUGAAAUGUGAUAAAAUGGAUACAGAUGUCUUUGCUUCAAGUUACCAAUGUCAACUGUCUGUACCUAUGAAAACAUCUGUGUUUGCAGCAGGUGAUGUUACACAGACAGAAAAAUCUCAAACAUACAAAUACAAUCUGGAUAGUUGGCUGCAGUCUGUGUUAAAAGUGAAUGAGUUGAAUCCCCAUGAAUCUUUUUGUUCCUCACACAGAUCUGGUGGUGCUGACUGGACUGUUAGGAGUCAUUCACCAUUAGGAGAGUCCUUGUCAAAUCGAAGGAUGUCUGGAGAUACUAACUUACACACUGUAGGUGGUGAUUACAUGCAAGAUAACAUUCCCCAACGUUCUAGUCUAAACAUUAAUCCAAGCUGUCACAGAGCUGCACACGAAAAACACUGUUUUGAAGAUUCAAGACAAUUGGUACCUGAGGUUUCUUCUCAGACUGAAUGGGGGCUUCGGCCACCAAAAUACUACAGACAAUUUUCAUCAUCUGAUCAUUCUGAUGAUGCCAGUGUGUCGAAGGAUCCUCAAGUUGCCAUACACAUCACUGAUGACGCUUCCGACAGUAUGUUUUCUGACAGCUUCCUCACUCCUAGAAGCAGCAUUCAUGACGAUGUGUCAAUGAGACAUUCCUCAAGGAGUCCCAGAGGUAGCUUUAGUAGCAUAUACAGCACACGGUCUAGCAAUGCAGACUCCGCUGUGGAUAUCCAUAACCCCGAGGAUGAACUCAUGGAAGUGACUGGAGCCAAUGUCAGUAGUGCCAGUCUCAGACCUACAGACCUGUUCAGAGACACUUGGACUUGUAACGUUUCUGAUUCAAGCGAUCACACAACAAACACUUUGACACUGCCACCAUUUGUGAUCACUGAUCAUAGCAGCCCAAGAUCUUCGCUAGUUACAUAUGAGUUGUCUGAUACUGAUACGAGUAUGUUAUCAACUCCAGACUGUCUAGAUUCAAGUCUUUCAGACUUUUCUUUGUCUGAUAGUGAUGUGGAGUCACCAGUAAAAAGCAAGCAAAGUUCAUGGAAGAAGAUACGUGGUAUUAUAAAAUGGUCCCCAUUUGUCCAGGUUUUCAAGAAAAACAAGUAUCCUUGGAUACAGUUAGCCGGACAUCAAGGCAACUUCCAGGCGGGUGAGUCUGGUUCGGUGCUAAAGAAGCUGGACAAGAAGGAAAAGCAGUGCUAUGUCAAACUGAUGCUCGACAAACUGCGACCAUUUGUACCAGAAUACAAGGGAGAUGUGGAGAAAAAUGGCGAAAAAUACCUCCAGCUACAAGACCUCCUGUGUGAUUUUCAAGUGCCUUGUGUGAUGGACAUCAAGAUGGGAUGUCGGUCGUUUCUUGAAGAGGAGCUGGAAAAGGCCAGGAUCAAGCCCACUCUUCGCAAGGACAUGUACCAGAAGAUGAUAGAGGUAGAACCCAAUGCCCCUACCGAUGAGGAGAAUACCCAGAAGGCAGUGACGAAACCGCGGUACAUGCAGUGGAGGGAUGAUAUCAGCUCAUCAGUCAAUCUGGGCUUCAGAGUGGAAGGAGUAAAGAAGAGUGAUGGGACUUCCAGUAAAGAUUUCAAGAAGGCGAAGAACGAGGAUCAAGUGAGGGAAAUACUCAGGUCGUUCAUUGGAGACAACGCGUCUGUGCUGCCCAUGUAUAUUGACCGACUGAAGGAAAUAAGAAGUGCACAGGAGACAUCAGAGUUUUUUCUACGGCAUGAAAUAAUAGGCAGCUCCCUUUUGUUUGUGCAUGAUGCCAAUAACGCCAGUGUGUGGAUGAUAGACUUUGGCAAGUCUGUACCCUUGCCAGAACACAUUGAAGUAAACCACAGAGACUGUUGGAAAGAGGGAAACCACGAAGAUGGUUAUCUAUUCGGGAUAGAUAAACUCAUUACCAUCCUGCAGAGCUUGCUUAAUAUCCCAUGAUGUCUUGGACCAAUAACAGUGAAGGAUUAUCAUAAUAAUGAUAUCUUAGACAAAUGACAUUGAUAGAUCAUCAUAAUAAUAAUGUCUUGACCAAUGACAUUGACAUAUUAUCAUAAUAAUGAUGUCUUGAACCAAUGGCAUUGAUGGAUUAUUAUGAUAAUAACGUCUUGAACCAAUGACAUUGAUAGAUCAUCAUGAUAAUGUCUUGGACCAAUGACAUCAACAGAUCAUCAUGAUAAUGUCUUGGACCAAUGACAUCAACAGAUCAUCAUGAUAAUGUCUUAGACCAUUGACAUUAAUAGAUCAUCAUGAUAGUGUCUUGGACCAAUGACAUCGACAUAUCAUCAUAAUAAUGUCUUGGACCAAUGACAUUGAUAGAUCAUCAUGAUAAUGUCUUGGACCAAUGACAUUGACAGAUCAUCAUCAUGAUGUCUUAGACCAUGGACAUUGACAAAUCAUCAUAAUAAUGAUAUUUUGUACAAUGGUAGUGGUGUAUAACAGGGGUUGAAAUGACAGAUCUCAAUUUUGGCAAAUUAGAGGCCAGGGUAAUUUGGCCUAGAUUGAUGGAGAUUUUCAGUGUAUUACAGACCUUAUGAAGGGCAUAAAGGCAAACUUCAACAAGUGUCUUAAUAUAAGGAAGUGUGAACAGUUUCAUGGUUUUGUAAUAAGAAAUGUUUCAGGAGUUGCAUUUGAGUAUGAUGACCAAUUAGUAAUAUGUAAAAUAAGGCAAAGCCAGUUUGGCCAUGAGACUUUUUAAUUUCAGGACACUGGUGCAUAUGACUUUUGCAUUGCAGCAGUUUGCCAUUUGGAUUCUGUUAUAUUUGAGCCCUAAAAUGAUUAGUUUCCUGGUCACCAAUGGCAAUCACAUUUUUGACUUGGUGUCUAGAAAAGAAUUGUGAUAUUCAACUAUGGCUCCCAGCUAGCCUCCAACUUAAUUCAUCCUGGAGAUGACUUAAUUGGCUCCUGAAAUUGUAUAUAUUAUUUCAACCCCUGUAUAUCCAUAGUGAGGGGGUGGUGUAAUUUGAUGGGUGGUACUGAUAACCUUAAGCUCUAUAGUAGCAGUGUGAAAAUUCCUCAACAUUCCAGGACAGAACAGUAUUACAAAAUUCACAACUUAAGGUGUAUUUGCAGAAAAACUGCCUUGCCUUAUGUUUUUUUAUUCCAUCCGAAGCGAAAACAAAGCAAAAAUUUGUAGUUUAUUAUUCUCGAUGCAACAAUUGAAAGCAAAGUAGAAAUGCAAUUUCAAAACUUUCAGUAUUGUAUGAGCAUUAAAUCUUUCAUUCAGAUAUUGUCCACUUGGGAACCUAAUAGUUGAAAUGUCUGCCCACUCAUUGAGGAUAAUAUGUCUAAUGGCAAGCUUGCUCUAGUAGUUCACACCACAUUCAGAUAUUUGGUGGGAACUGGAGAAGGGGUGCUGUUGUUUAUGCUUUGUCUUCCAAGGAAUAGGUAAUAAAAAGCUGUAGAUUAGCCAGUGGUUAUUUCAAAGUAAGUUUAAUAUGGUAACCAUGACAGUCAAAAAGGUCUUGCUUCUCUCAGAAAUGAAAAGGACACUGGAUGCAAAACAAACAAAAAUUAAAUAAAAAAGAACGUUUUGGGGUAGCAUUAAAAUUUGUAAUUCAGAAAAAAUGCAGAUUUUCUUCUCUUUUUUUUACUUGUGAUUUCUUAAGAACACCAGGGGUCAAAGUUACAAACUUUCACCCUGCUUCUGCAUUUUACUGUCCCUGCAUCAUGUUAUGCUGACCUUCUGUUGGAUUUUUUGUCAUCUUUUUUUCCCCCUUUGAAUCCCAUCACUGCUGCUACAAAGUGGGUGGGUGGGCACAUGCCCCCCCACACACACACUUCCUACAUCAGUGACUUGAGUGGCUGUUGGAUACCAUUUAUCUUACAAGCUCUUUCAACAUAUACAGUAUCUAUUGAGCAAAGACAAGAAGGAUGUUUUUCAGUAACUCGUCAUACGAUAAAUGGUAUCUAAUGGACACGAAUGUAGUAUUCUAUUUCUUACAAAUUCUCAAGAACUAGGUUUGAAAUAAAUUUAAACAUCUUUUUCAGCUAAAAAUAAUUUACAGCACUUGUUCUUGAAGUUAACUUGAGCAUCAAAGAGCGGUCUGGUUUAGGUCAACAUCAUAGAUCAUUCAGUUUUGAUCAGUUAGAUUUUUUUUCCAUUGGAUGAUAUGGGUAUGGCGAUUGGGUCCCCACUAUGGAGUAACCAAUCACAAACAUGAUCUCCAACGUAUACUGACGCCCAAAAGAAACUAUACCAAGACUGAGACUACUGAAGAAAACCAAAACAUGUUGCAUGUUCAAAGAUAGAUCUAUUUGAGUGGGUUUUUUGUUUUUUUACAUUUUGUGAACAAAAUUUAAUUCUGUAAAAGAAGAAACAUAUUUAACCAACAUUUCAUUUCCAUUAUUCAAAUUAUAAAGGAAUUUAAAUCAAUUUGUCUUGGUAUUGUUUCUUUUGGAUAUCAGCUAGUAUACAUCGAGAGAUGAAAAUAAUCUACAAUGAGUUACCUUACAUGGGUGUGUAAGAAAUGAAUGUUUGUUGUAUUGCAUGUUAAAACAGAUCAAACGAUAUUAAAUUAAAAUAUAAAAAUUUAAAAAAUAAAAUAUAAUUAUUCUCUUUUUUUUGGAGGCAGCAGGUUAACAUGCAUUGAGAUGGACAUUUAUCUAUGUAACUGUGAGAGACACUGAAUAUGUCCAUGGUAGUGAGACAUUUAAUUCCACAGUUGUUAAUUUGUUAAAUAGAGAAUAAUACAUGAGUGGUCAUUAGAUACCAUUUGUCUUAAGAGUUGUUUUAAAAUUUAUCUAAUGAGCAAAAGCGAGUUUGAUACAUUUUUAAACAACGAGUUGUAAGAUAAAUGGUAUCUAACGGACACAAAUGUAUUAUUCUGUUUCUUGCAUAUCCUCAAAAACCAGGUUUUGAGAAAAUGUUAACAUCUUUUCCGACUAAAAGUAGCUAACUUGCAUGUAGAUGUCACAUACAAAUGAUUGUGAGGUUAACUAUAGGUCACAGUGUAAACAAUUUCAACCAUGCUGUUUUUUCAUUGGAUGUAUGGCAUUGGUGACCUGAUCAUCACCUAGGAGCAGCCAGUUGUAUGUCUUGAAAUUGUUAACAAAUGUACAUGUGUUAUGAAAAAUAACAAAUGAUGUUCUCACCAACGGGUGUGUAAGGAAAUGAUAUUAUUGUCACUAGAUAUUAUAUUUGGGACACUGACAUUAAUAUAAUAUAUGCAGGUAAAUUAAUGCCUAACAGACAAUAAACAGUUUUAUGGGGGGUUAGACUUAAAAUUUAAUAAAUGGUUCAUGUGUGGAUGUUCUAAAUAUAUGGGUACUAUAUAUUAUUUCUACAUUUAAAAUCUAAUGCCAUGAAACUUAAAACUAUUAGCUUAUACGAAGAAAUUACUAUUCAAUUCUAUACACUAGUACUAGUAAUGUGUAUGCUGUUUAGACUUAAAUAUAUACAUAUUCACUGGCAAAGAAAAACAAAACAUUUUUCACUUUAAAUAUAAAGCUUUUCAUGUACAUAUUACUGUAAAAUAGACUCAUCCAGAAUUAUGACUGGAAUAAGUUAUGAUGUAACGUGCAUGUUUCUCCUAAAACAAAUUGAUAGUUAUAGUAAAAUAUUAGUUUUAGCAGAAAACUAGUGAGAAUUCAUUUUGCAGAUUCUACAUUGCAAAUAAGUAAAUGCAAGUUAAUGCUGAUUUAUAUCUAUGUUCAUAAAUGUUCUUUGUUGACUUUUUCUAUAUAAAUUUGAUAUAACUUUCA